GGCACCCGUGAGACAGAAAUCCGGGUUCCUGGAUGUUGGAAAGUCGGAGGCGGACAGGUGCUCCGGAGGCCCAUCGACCAAGUCUUGGACUCAUAGUCACUGGGAUUGGACAUAUGCAAGCGGGAGGCUUGAGUCCGGCGCUCUAAAUCGGGGGUCGGGGGGGUGUACUCGGGCUUGGUCUCCAGGAUCCAAUCGGCGGACCCCUGACUCAGCGUGGGCUGUAGCGUGACAUGGCUGAAGCGCACCAGGCCGUGGGCUUCCGACCCUCGCUGACUUCGGACACAGGAGAAGUGGAGCUCAGUGCCCCGAUGUUGCAAGAGAUCUACCUCUCCGGACUGCGCUCUUGGAAAAGGCAUCUGUCCCGUUUCUGGAACGAUUUUCUCACAGGUGUGUUCCCUGCUAGCCCCCUCAGCUGGCUGUUCCUCUUCAGUGCAAUCCAGCUUGCCUGGUUCCUCCAGUUGGAUCCUUCCUUAGGACUGAUGGAGAAAAUCAAAGAGUUGCUGCCAGACUGGGGUGGACAGCAUCACAGGCUUCGGGGGGUCCUGGCGGCCGCGCUGUUUGCUUCGUGUCUGUGGGGAGCUCUGAUCUUCACGCUUCAUGUGGCCCUGAGGCUACUUCUGUCCUACCACGGCUGGCUCCUCCAACCCCACGGAGCCAUGUCCUCACGCACCAAGACCUGGCUGGCCCUGGUUCGCAUCUUCUCCGGCCGCCACCCAAUGCUCUUCAGUUACCAACGCUCCCUGCCGCGUCAGCCUGUGCCCUCCGUGCAGGACACCGUGCGCAAGUAUCUGGAGUCUGUCCGACCCGUCCUCUCCGACGAGGACUUCGACUGGACCGCGACCCUAGCACGGGAAUUCCUGAGGCUGCAGGCGUCACUGCUGCAGUGGUACCUUCAGCUCAAGUCCUGGUGGGCGUCCAAUUAUGUCAGCGACUGGUGGGAAGAAUUUGUGUACCUGCGCUCCCGGAACUCACUGAUGGUGAAUAGCAACUACUAUAUGAUGGACUUCCUGUAUGUCACGCCCACUCCCGUGCAGGCCGCCCGUGCGGGGAACGCAGUCCACGCCCUCCUUCUGUACCGCCACCGCCUGAACCGCCAGGAGAUCCUGCCGACUUUGCUGAUGGGAAUGCGGCCCUUGUGCUCUGCCCAGUAUGAGAAGAUAUUCAACACCACGCGAAUUCCCGGGGUCCACAAAGACCACAUCCGCCACCUUCGUGACAGCAGACACGUGGCCGUCUUCCACCGGGGCCGAUUCUUCCGCGUGGGGACCCACUCCCAGAGUGGCCUGCUUUCCCCGCGGGCCCUGGAGCAGCAGUUCCAGCGAAUCCUGGACGACCCCUCUCCUGCCUGCCCCCACGAGGAGCAUCUGGCGGCCUUGACCGCUGCUCCGAGGGACAUGUGGGCCCAGGUGCGGAGGUCCCUGAAGACCCAGGCCCAGGAGGCCCUGGAGGCCGUCGAAGGGGCUGCUUUCUUUGUAUCACUCGACUCUGAGCCCGCGGGGCUCACCAGGGAGGACCCUGCAGCUUCCUUAGACACCUAUGCCCACGCCCUGCUGGCCGGCAGGGGCCACGACCGCUGGUUUGACAAAUCCUUCUCCUUAAUCGUCUUCUCCAACGGGAAGCUGGGCCUCAGCGUGGAGCACUCGUGGGCUGACUGCCCCAUCUCAGGACACAUGUGGGAGUUCACUCUGGCCACAGAAUGCUUUCAGCUGGGCUACUCGGCAGACGGUCACUGCAAGGGACACCCUGACCCCUCACUGCCCCAGCCCCAGCGGCUGCACUGGGACCUUCCAGACAAGAUCCAUCUAUCCAUCUCUCUAGCCCUGAGGGGAGCCAAGACCUUGUCUGGAAACAUCGACUGCCACGUCUUCCCCUUCUCCCACUUCGGCAAGAGCUUCAUCAAACGCUGCCACCUCUCUUCAGACAGCUUCAUCCAGAUGGCCUUGCAGCUGGCCUACUUUCGGGACAGGGGUCAAUUCUGCCUGACUUAUGAGUCGACCAUGACUCGCUUGUUCCUGGAAGGGCGGACAGAGACGGUGCGUUCUUGCACGAGGGAGGCCUGCAACUUUGUGAGAGCCAUGGAAGACAAAGAGAAGACAGACCCACAGUGCCUCGCCCUGUUCCGCUUGGCGGUGGACAAGCACCAAGCCCUGCUGAAGGCAGCGAUGAGUGGACAGGGGGUCGACCGCCACCUCUUUGCUCUCUACAUCGUGUCCCAGUUCCUCCACCUGCAGUCUCCCUUCCUGGACCAGGUUCACUCGGAGCAGUGGCAGCUGGCUACCAGCCAGAUUCCUGUUCAGCAAAUCCACCUGUUCGACGUCCACAGUUACCCCGACUAUGUUUCCUCUGGUGGUGGAUUCGGGCCUGCUGAUGACCAUGGUUAUGGUGUUUCCUACAUCUUCAUGGGGGAUGAUGUGAUCACCUUCCACAUCUCCAGCAAAAAAUCAAGCACAAGAACGGACUCCCACCGGCUGGGGCAGCACAUCGAGGAUGCAUUGUUGGACGUGGCCGCCCUUUUCCAGGAGGGGCAGCGUCUUAAGCGCAGAGGGUUAGCGGAGGAGGGCUCGGAGCACAGCCGUGACUCUCUCCCCUGCCAUACCAGGGGCUCCAGGGCACCCACGACAGCCACUAACUUUUGACACCUUCCAGAGGGGAGCUGGUCUCCCCAGGAACUAGGGGGAAGGUCUCUAUGGCUGGGCUGGUGCAGGACAGAAGCAGCCUGUUUGGGUUUGGGAAUCCCACAUCUGGUCUAAUAAAGAUGUGUGCGCUGGG